ACAGGAUUUGAUUUUUGAUUCCAGGAAGACAGAAAUGGGAAGCGGUUAUGUGAGAAUCAUCGGCAAGUGGCAACAGCCAUGGAAGAUAAAAACUUCAACUCCAUCUUCAUUUCCAUCGGUUCACCAACUCAGAAAUAUUAGGAAUUCAGAAAUCUCUCGCCCAAUUAAUCUACUUUCUUCCCAUUCAUUUUCAUCAUCAUCAUCGCGGUCCUCCAAGAUUGGAUUUCUGGGCUGGUAUUUGGGCAUGCUCGAAACCAGUCCUCUCAUCACCAAAAGCGUUACAUCCUCCCUUAUCUUCGCAGCUGCCGACUUGACGUCCCAGAAAAUUAUGCUGCCACCUUCGGGCUCUUUUGACCCUAUUAGGACAUUACGUAUGACUGGCUAUGGAUUGGUCAUUUUAGGGCCUUCACAGCAUUUGUGGUUUAACUUUGUGGCAAAAGUCCUACCAAAGCGAGAUGUGAUCACUACCCUGAAGAAAAUAAUCAUGGGACAGGCUAUCUUUGGACCUUGUAUCAAUUCUGUUUUCUUCUCUGUUAAUGCAGCUCUGCAAGGUGAAAGUGGGGAUGAGAUUGUUGCCAGAUUGAAGCGAGACCUGCUCCCAACUCAGCUAAAUGGUCUUCUGUACUGGCCAAUCUGUGAUUUUGUUACAUUCAGAUUUGUUCCUGUCCACCUACAGCCAUUGAUGAACAGUUCGUGUUCAUACCUGUGGACUAUAUAUUUGACAUACAUGGCAAGCUUAAGGAAAGUGUGCACUGAUUAGCAUUGGGAUGUCUUACUCUUUUAACUCAUACAUAACCGGUUAAAGCUAAUGCAAGUGCAAAACAGAAUGCUGCCUCUGCUCAAUACUGAUCAAGUUCAUAAGGAGAAACUUACAGUUACAAUCAAAUCUGCAUUAUUUGCAGGAAAACAUGUCUGUAGUUUUAAAAAUCAUGGUUGUUUUAUUGAAUUUGAUGUUACAUUUCUUUUACAUGUAAAAAUUCGUUUACUUUUUGAACGAGCUUUUCAAACAGAAAUAAAUUAAAGUGGAUUGCAAAAUCCUGAUAAUUUGAAUUUUGGAUUCUUC